AUGGCGGCAGGUUAUUACUUGGCCUCGUACUAUGGAGAAGAAGCCUUGGUUCCUCUGCAAUUUGAUAUGAACACGCUGAUGACUGUUGCCAUCAUUGGAGCCGCUGCCAUCGGAGAGUGGGGCGAAGGUGCUGUUGUUGUGUUACUCUUUGCCAUUAGCGAAGCAUUAGAACGGUAUUCAAUGCAAAAGGCUCGUCAGUCGAUCCGUUCACUUAUGGACAUUGCCCCUAAAGAAGCUCUGAUUCGACGUGAUUCUGCUGAAAUGACCAUAAGUGUUGAUGAUAUCCAAGUUGGAGACGUUAUGAUCGUCAAGCCAGGACAAAAACUGGCUAUGGAUGGAGUUGUAAUAAAAGGAACGUCGACGUUAAAUCAGGCAGCAAUCACGGGAGAGUCUGUUCCUGUUGCUAAAACUGUUGACGAUGAAGUGUUUGCCGGAACACUAAACGAGGAAGGGUUGCUUGAAGUCAGAGUUACUAAGCAUGUUGAAGAUACAACAAUCUCCAAAAUCAUUCAUCUCGUGGAAGAGGCACAAGCUGAACGGGCACCAUCUCAAGCUUUUGUGGACCGGUUUGCUAAAUACUACACGCCUGCAAUUAUGGUGCUGGCUUUGGGCAUUGCGAUUAUUCCGCCUUUGAAGGGUGUCAAAGCCUCGGUCGGACAACAGCAAUAUUAUAUUGGUAGCCCUAAACUGUUUGAUGAACUGGAAGCUGAGACACAAGGGAAGACGGUAAUGGUGCUGGGGACGCAACAUGAAGUCAUUGCCUUAAUUGCGGUUGCCGAUGCCGUACGUACUUCGAGCGUAAAAAAGACGAUCAUGCUCACUGGUGACAACCAGGCGACAGCUAACGCAAUUGGGCAGCAAACAAAUUGGAUUACAUCAAGAAGCUCCGAGGAGAGUAUUCUCAUG